UCGGCAAACGUAAAGCUGCAAACGGAACAGUUCUGCUUUGACUUGUUUGGUGACAGAGACUGGCCCAAGGCCCGGUGACCCACAUUGUUAUCUAAUGCUGCACGUUAGCUAGCUAGCUCCAGCUAAAAGUGGGUUGACAUACAUACAGUUGCGGACGGAGUUGAAUGCUUGCUACAUUACAUUAUAAAGUCCCUAGCCAGCGGUGGAAAAACGGCUUUCUAAUUUGUCACGAAUUAAGGUGCAUCCGGGGUGUGUGUCAUAUGUCGCAGUCAAGAAUUCAAACAAGAGCUGACUACAGACUCAUCUGUCAUGAGGUGAAGGGGUUACUUAAUUAACCAUCACUCAAAAACAAAAGAAUUAGAUGUUGCUGCCAUGUGCCACGCUCAAACCCAAAGCAGACGAAAAUCUCUGGAAGACCACUUGUCAACUUUCUGCCCAACUCUAACUGAGAAAACUUUCCGUGACUCUCCUCCAAGACUGGCAAAGCAACACCUCUACCCUCACCACAGUGUGUCCAACUAGACCUGGCCUUCAUCCAGCAGCACCUUCUUCAACCUCUCACAGGACUGGCUGUACUGUCAGUAAGGUUCAUUCACAAAUGUCUACCUCACGAUUAAAAGACCCCUUUCCAACACUGCGACCCUGAACAGGAUACAAAAUGACCUCAAGCAUUGACCAGGAUGACGGCAGUAUCAUAGAUGGAUUAAUGGAAGAGGAUGAAAAGGACAAAGCAAAACGUGUGUCCCGUAACAAAUCAGAGAAGAAACGCAGAGACCAGUUCAAUGUCCUUAUCAAGGAAUUGGGCACCAUGUUGCCCGGCAACACCCGCAAGAUGGACAAGUCCACUAUUUUGCAGAAGAGCAUUGAUUUUCUGCACAAACACAAAGAAAUCGCUGCCCAGUCAGAGUCGACUGAGAUCAGACAAGACUGGAAGCCUCCUUUUCUUAGUAAUGAAGAGUUCACUCAGCUGAUGUUGGAGGCAUUAGAUGGAUUUUUCCUUGCAAUUAUGACUGAUGGGAAUAUAAUCUAUGCCUCUGAGAGUGUAACAUCCCUACUAGAACACUUACCCUCUGAUCUUGUGGAUCAGAACCUUUUGAAUUUCCUGCCCACGGGGGAGCAUUCAGAUGUGUACAAGGCUCUGUCUUCUCAUCUCAUGGAAGGAGAGACACUGACGCCCGAAUAUCUGAAAGCAAAAAAUCAGCUAGAGUUCUGUUGCCACAUGCUCCGAGGGACGAUCGACCCCAAAGAGCCCCCCGUAUACGAAUAUGUCAAGUUUAUUGGAAACUUCAAGUCCCUGAAUAAUGUGCCUAACUGUACACACAACGGUUUUGAAGGGGUGAUCCAGCGAUCGCUUCACUCUGCCUUUGAAGACAGAGUGUGUCUCAUAGCAACUGUGAGACUUGCCAAACCACAGUUUAUCAAGGAGAUGUGCACUGUAGAGGAGCCUAAUGAGGAAUUCACCUCCAGACAUAGUUUAGAGUGGAAGUUUCUCUUCUUGGACCACAGAGCUCCGCCCAUUAUAGGUUACCUUCCGUUUGAGGUACUGGGUACAUCAGGAUAUGACUACUACCAUGUAGAUGACCUGGAGACAUUGGCCAAAUGCCAUGAACACUUAAUGCAAUAUGGCAAAGGAAAGUCCUGCUACUACAGAUUCCUCACCAAAGGGCAGCAGUGGAUUUGGCUUCAGACCCACUACUACAUCACCUACCACCAGUGGAACUCCAGACCAGAGUUUAUCGUCUGCACACAUACUGUUGUCAGUUAUGCUGAAGUAAGAGCAGAGCAGCGCAGAGAGCUUGGUAUUGAAGAAUCACAGCCGGAGAUCACAGCAGAUAAGCAGUCCCAGGAUUCAGGCUCUGAAUCCCAGCUUAACACCUCCAGCCUAAAGGAGGCUCUAGAGCGCUUCAACCAUAGCCGGACACCCUCUGCCUCAUCUCGCAGUUCACGCAAGUCUUCACACACUGCUGUGUCUGACCCAGUCUCAUCACAAAUGAAGCUUCAGGGUGACAGGAGUACACCAGGUCGCCAGUCUGUCUCUGCUGUUGAGAUGACAUCGCAACGAAGGUCAUCUAUCAGCAGCCAGCAUUCGAUGAGCUCCCAAAAUACAGGACAGAACAUGGCACCAUCCAUGGUUUCACAACAACAACAGCAACAACAGCAGCAACAGCCUCAACAACAGCAACAGCCUCAACAGCAACAAGUUCAGACCAGUGGCCAAUCAAUGGUGCAGUUCUGCAGCCAGCUCGAAGCCAUGCAGAACCUGAAAGAGCAGCUGGAGCAGAGGACCAGGAUUAUUGAGGCCAACAUUCAGCGGCAGCAGGAUGAGCUGCGCCAGAUCCAGGAGGAGCUGCAGAGGGUGCAGGGACAGAGCCUGCAGAUGUUCUUGCAGAAAGGACCCGGAGGACUAAAUCUGAGCUCUGUUCAGAUGGCCCAGGGGAGCACUCUGCAGCAGGGGGGGACACUCAGCAUGCAGGGCCAGGUGGUGUCUGUAGGGCCUCUACAGAACAGCAUACAGCAACAACAUGCUGUCCAACCCCAGUCCCAGCAACAAGCACUCCUACGGGAACAGAACACAGCACACUCUCAGUCUCAGCGGUCGUCUCUGACUCUGCAGCCUCAGCAAAAUCCACUGCCUGCAUCUCUGUACAAUACAAUGAUGAUCCCUCAGCAAAGCCCCACUAACGUGGUCCAGAUUGCCACCAGCCUGGCUCAGAAUACUGGACCCAACACUCCUGCUGUGGCUACAUUUGCACAGGACCGUGCAGCUCAGAUUAGGUUUCCUGCUGGUCCUCAGCUGCUCACCAAGUUAGUGACUGGGCAGAUGGCAUGUGGGGCAGUCAUGGUCCCCACAACCAUGUUUAUGGGCCAAGUGGUGACGGCCUUUGCUCCUCAGCAGGGCCAGACCCAGACCAUCAGCAUUUCCCAACAACCACCACAGCAACAGCAACAUCAGCAGCAGGAUCAGCAGGUACAGCAGCAGUCACAGGUCACAGCCAUGCAGCCAGGGCAGGCUCCACUGACCCAGCAGCAAACUCAGUUCCUACAGGCUCCACGGCUUCUUCAUGGAAACCAGUCCACCCAGUUGAUCCUGCAGGCGGCGUUCCCUUUGCAACAGCAGGGUACCUUCACUGCUGCAACCCAACAGCAGCAGCAACAGUUACAACAGCAACAGCAGUUGCAACAGCACCAGUUACAACAACAUCAACAUCAACAACAACAACAACAGCAGCAGAAGAAGCAGUUACAACAGCAGAAACAGCAACUGGCACUGCACAGGGCAGAUAGUUUGUCUGAUCACUCUGCUGCGCAGCCGCAGUAGCCAACUAAAGGCAGUCAGAAGUGGAGUGAAACCCAGGCGUGGGUAAGGAGUUCUCUUGAAAGUGCAGCCCUGAGACCGUGCUUCAGAGGCUGAGAAGUGAUUGGAUGGGCAGGCUGUGGCUUCCCUCCCCUCACAAGGAUCUUUUGCUGUUUGCAUGUAACUCCUGAGCACAGAUGCUGCAGAGAAGCCAGGACUGGGCCCACUGUGGCUCUGGCAUCAGGCUUUGGCUCUGGGUCAAAAGCCUUUUCUCUGAGAAACAGGGAGCCACAUCCCCCUUAAUGGACUCCCGCCUACACCCCUCCCCGGUCCUCUCCCUGUGUGUGUGUGUGUGUGUGUGUGUGAGAGAGAGAGAGUGUGUCUGUGUGUGUCCGUGUGUGCGUGCGUGCUCUAGCCACCCUCACAGGAUUAUUUUAUGCAGAGCUCUAUAGUUAAUGCAGUGAAGGUUCUAUCAAGCUCCAAGGACGUCCUGCAGAACAGCGUGGCUUGUUUAUUGUGGAUGUUUUCUCCUAUUCUUGUUUUUCAUGUAAAAAUAAUUAUGGGUCAGAAAAUAUUUUUAAGAAACUGGUGUAGAUUGAACUUUUAUUGUACAUAACAUCUUGUGUAAUAUAUUAUGUAAAUACAAUGGCAAAAGAAAGAACUAAUAUUUUAUAUGAUGCAUGAAAUGCAUAGUCUGUUAUUUGCAGCUUUGAAUAUGUUUUUUUCUAGUACUCUAUGAAAAAAAAAUCUUAAAAUGCUCAGUGGCUGAUAUUUACAGAAUUCUAUUCUUCUGUGUGUGUCUGCGUGUGUGCGCAUAGCAGACAAUGCUGAUGCUGCUUGUUGUGUCACAGUUUGUUUAAUCCUUGACCCACAUUUUCACUGAAUUUUAUAAAAUUGUCAAAAUGAAAUAUUCCAAAGCAAUUUUAAGCUGUUGAAGAUGUGUUUAACUCUGCACACUACAGACUAAACUCAAUUUGAAUCAAAUAUUGUGAAUGAAGUGUACCAGGGUUAAGCUAAAUGUAUGCAACAAUAAGAUUUGCCAGCAUCAUCCUCC